GUUUGCACUCAGUAGUUUUGACAGUUGCUAGGUGAAAGCGUCCAAAAGGAAUGAUGUUGUCAAGUGCUGAAGUCACAUGACCAAACAAAAAUGGCCGACAUUUGUAACAUUAGGAAAAGCCAGGAUACACAGAAAUGUUGAUUGAUAGAAAAAGACCAAGAGGGCGUUGUAAACCUUUGUGAUAUUUAAUCCUAUUUGGAUUAUACUUAAAAAAGAUCCCAUUGUCAAGAACAAUUAGGCAGCACUAAUCUGAGAGAAAGGGACGUUUUGAACUUCUGCAGCUGCUGUUGGAAGAAUACAUUUUGUAGGUGUGAAAUCCAAGGAACAUUCCAAUAGCUGUGCAGUUGGAAGAGAGUUAGUGAACUGUCUACAUGUAUGAGAUAGGUGUGAUAACAAUACUUGACAAGUGGACAGAGCUAAAUGUGUACUGAAAAGUAAUUAUGCCAGGAAUAAAGCAAAGUAUCUCCAUGAGUUCACUGUCGUCUAUUGACAGAUCUGAUGUUGGCAUGAGUUACCUAACUCAGUGCACGAAGAACAGUGCCACCUCGUCCCAAACACAGCGGGAAGAUGGUCACAGUGCGGGGAUCCAGCAGAGGAAUGCGCACACCACUGACACUUACAAACGGGAUGCCAGCGGCAAUCUGCUGCAUAAGAAAAAGAAAAGAAAAAGACAUCUGAUAACUGCCAACCUGACCGGAACAAGAUACGAAGUUGUUCGCCAAAUGGCAGAAAAAGUUGGUUUCACUAUCACAAGGGAAGAUGAUAUGUUAAGCUAUGUGAUUUGGAAUGACUCUUUCAUUUCUAUGGAGAGAAUUUCAGAACUGAAACCUUAUCAGAAAAUAAAUCAUUUCCCAGGAAUGGCUGAAGUGACUCGUAAAGACAACCUCGCCAGAAAUUUUAUGAAAAUACAAAAAUCAUUGCCUGAAGACUUUGGUUUUGUUCCCAAAACAUGGAUUUUACCAGCCGAGCAUGGCCAGCUGCAGAACUAUGCCAAAGAACUGAAAGCUCGGAAGAAGAUGAAAACAUUCAUUAUUAAACCAUCAAACGGUGCUCAGGGUCACGGAAUAAUACUCCACCGUAAUGCUGAGAAGAUCCCCCCGACAGAACACUUCAUUGUACAGCAGUACAUCGACAAACCGCUGCUUCUGGAUGGCUACAAGUUUGACCUGCGCGUCUAUGUUCUUGUCACAUCCACCGACCCACUCCGAGUUUUCCUAUUCAAUGACGGCUUGGUGAGACUCAGUACCGAGAAAUAUCUUCCACCACAUGAAAGCAAUUUAAACCGACUGUACAUGCAUCUUACAAAUUAUUCUGUGAACAAGCACAAUGAACAUUAUGAAAAAAGUUCAUCAGUUGACUCUGGAAGCAAGAGGUCCAUCCGCUACUUGAACGACUUCCUGCGUAAAAAUGACAUUGAUGUUGCCAAACUGUGGAGAAAGAUUUCCGACAUGAUUGUGAAGACAAUGCUGGUCGCACAGCCUCAUGUGUUGCACUCGUACCGGAUGUGCCGACCAGGGAGCAGUCAUGGCGCUGACAGUGUUUGCUUUGAAGUCCUUGGUUUCGAUGUUCUGAUUGACGGCAAACUCAAGCCUUGGCUAUUAGAGAUCAACCGAUCUCCAAGUUUCAACACUGAUGAAAGAAUAGACUACGACAUCAAGUCAGCGCUAAUAGAAGAUACAUUUCGCUUACUCAACAUAAAACAAAGUGAUAAGAGAAGAAACCUUGCAGCUCAGAAGGCCGAGGCCCAGAAGCGGCUGUUCCGUACGGGUAAGAAGGUAGAGGUGGACAUCACUGAGAUCGAGAAACACAAGGUCAGCAUCGAGAGGAGGAAAGAAGAACUGAAAGAGUUGUUGUCUCGGGUUAGAAAGACGGCUGCAAGAGAAGAGUUUGAGAACAAGAACUGUGGUCGGUUCCGGCGGAUAUUUCCGUGUGAAGACAAGGCAAGGCAGGAGAAGUACUGCAGUCUGUUGUCAUCAUCGUUUUCCGUCUUCAUGGGUGGCAGAGGAACCACCAUGCAAAAAGAGAUACAGAUUACAUACAACAACAAGUACAGGGAGGAUGAUAUCUUGGACAUGAUAGCUGAGUGUGAAGCCGACGAGAAAGAGGGUAAAGUGUUUACUGGAGCUGGGACACGCCCACGUCUACCAAAGCCACUGAUGAGUAUGCCCGAGUGUGGCGUCACGGCACAGGAUGAUGAAGAGGAUGACGAUGACGAGGCCAGUGAGAAUUUCUCUCCUCCGCUCACCGCCAACAGUGGCCGCCACGCGUCAUUCUCGCCGACGUCGCGAUCACGGUCGCAGUCGCUGUCAUCCGUACAACGUGCGGACGGACACAGCAGUCAGAAAAGCCCAGGGUCACAGCCAAACUCAGACAACGUGAAAACGGCUCUGCGGUCGGGAAGCAAUACGUCAGAUGAAACCAACUUAGAACAGCACGCUCAAGGGUCAAGGUCAAGGUCACACAGCCGAAUGAGCACAACGCAGCAUUCUGCGACAGUUUUGCAGAAAUCGGACGAUAACAUCCUGUUGUCGAUGGUGAAGGAAAGAGAGGAGGAACUCACCCACAAAACUCUAAACGCUUUGAAUGAAAUGAGAAUCAAAUUCCCAGGAAAGACUGACCAAGAAGCAGACAUCUUGUUGGACAAACUGAAUGAAAACUGGAAAUUUCACAAACCACGCAUUGCAUCUUAUUGGUUAGUAAAACUGGACUCCAUAAAGAGAAGGAAGGUCACAGAUAUUGUCCGCUCCAAUGUGAAGGCUGUUUUACAACGUAUCUGGCGCUGUACCGAUGCGGAGGACCUACGUUUGUACAGGAUCUUCAGUCGAGUCUUCAACCGACUACUCUGGAGUCACGGCCAGGGGCUUUGGAACUGCUUUUCAGCAACAGGCAACUCCUGGGAAACAAUAUUCAGCAAGAGUUCAGAGACCAUCAGCGAGUGCGAGAUGAACUGCUGUCGCCGCAUCGUGCAAUUGUGUCGCGAUUGUCUGCUCAUCGUCUACCAGUUCGCAGCAGAGGCCAAAGGGUCGAUGCAGCAACGCCCCGGUGAGGCCGAAGACAGUAACUCGAACCCGAACUCAUACGGCACUGCAAGAGAUGCGAAGACCUCUAACUGGAACCCUCAGACUUUCAGUCAACGCUACUCAAAACUCUAUCAAACACGGGCUGAGGGACUGGGCACGUGACCAGCACCCAGCGUUAGAAACAACACAAUGAUUACCCUCUACAAACUAAUAACAAAACAGCACUGCAAUAAACACACAAACUGAGAAAUAAACUUCAAAUAAUAUGCUUAUCAAAAUACAAAUAACAUUUUAUUUUCCUUUUCAACUUUACCAGACCUCUAACAAAUGACAUUUUCCCCAAUUGCUAUAGACUGGUCCAAACUUGAGAAAAUACAAAUUAAAAAAAUCAACUCAUGUUUUAAACAUUUAAAACAUGGUCUGGAUCACCAUUAUAAAAUUUUCUAUUUGCUGUUAUCUGACCCAUAUUUCUACCAGGUACAUUGUAGGUAGGUCGUAAGUUUUCUAUUUUUUAAAACAGAUAUGGAAACCAGCAAAACCAAAACCUUUGUUAAAUUACAACUGAAAAGGUUGAUUUUCAUAUGGUCGACUUCAAUGAAUUUAGGUAUUUUUCAUAUUAAAAAAAAAAUGAAGAUAAAAUAGUGGUUCAUAUUAAACCAUUUAGAAGUCUAGUGUGUAUCUUGAUGAUGUUAUGAAAAAGAAAUAGGGCAGUCAGUACAUGAAAGCAGUUACCUUUUGUUAAACUAUUGGUCUAAAAUAUUAUUGGAGACCUAUAAUUUGAUCAAUAUUAAGAAUUAAAAAUUUGUAAUAUAAUUAUAUAUUAUAUACAAUUAUUAUUAUGUAGUUGUAAUGACUAUAAUAAGUGUAUCUGUAGUAAUUAUAAAAUUAUAGUAAUCCCACACAUUGUAACAAAUAGACUGCACCUGUAAAAUGUUUAACAAAUGUUACUUCAGGUAACAUAAUAAAGUAGCAUGUACAUUAUCAUAAACCAUGAGAAGUUCCCUAUAGUGGAUGAAAACAGCUGUCGGAUGAUUUAAUAAUCUGUUGGUGAUUAUUGGUUACUCUCCAAUUGUAUUUUAUUACUGUCUUAGUAAAAAUAUAAAUUUGUAACAAAAGCACAACUGAAGUGGCAUAUUCUGUGAUAUUGCUGGUCAGAUUUGAUGUGAUGUGUGAUGCAAGUAGUAGCUGAGAACUUAAAAGCUAAUCAGAAAAAUAAAUUAAAUAUAGAAAGACUAAUCUAAUUAACAGUAUAAAAGUUGAGAUUAUGUUCAUGAUUAUAUGCAUCAACUUGUCAUACCAUGAGUGAACAGUUUUGGUAUCUGACGAGCAAAAGCAAGUCAGAUACCAACACUGUUCACGAGUUUCAUAAAAAUGGUAUGACAGGCAAGCUAGUUUAAUAUUUUAUAUAUUACAAACCAACUGUAAACAAGCCACAACACAGAAGUAAGCAGAUGUCGAUAACUACUACAAGGUUUUUUUUCUACGAAUUGGGUCAGCAAGUUGUCUAUGUCACACAAAAAUUUAAACGACAUCACAGUGAGCAACAAGAUGUCAUCGAUGUACAGUUUAGAUUUUGGUGCGAAGCUUGCAUUAAUUGUUAGGUAAUGAGGUUUUGAAAUUCACAAUAAUGACUGAAUUGUAUAUCAGACCAGCAAAGAUUGUGCCGAGUGAAUGGGACUGACUAGUUGUGAUGCUGACAUUUUAUACAUAGGGCCGUAAAAAAAAGAGUAACAGGUUGACGACAUAGUUUUAGCUUUGUACACAAUGCGCCCAAAUAUAAUGGCCCAUCUUAUCGUCAUUUCAAUUCAUGGCCAUGUUUUGUAAUGGUACACUUUUAAAUUAUACUAUUUUUUACAAACAUGGUUAGAUAUGUUAAUAAUCUCUGAACAAAACAUUUUUAACAGCAAUUUUGCACUCAAUGUAUUCUGGCAUUUAGAACAAAGACGCGUCAUGCACCCAGUUUAUAUUAUUGAAGGGAGAUGCAAAGUGACAUCAUUCGAAUACUGACGUCAUUCAAAUUAAGAAAUGACCCUGCCAGUCUGCAUGUGACAAUAUUACACAAGUUAGAUAUUGAGUAAUUGUUAUGACAUGAGUAAUAUCUUACACUGGUGUGUAAUAAAUCUACAUAUUGGUCAAAAACGAUAUAUAGUUUCAGGGUAGGAGGUGGGGAGGAGAGGUGCAUACUCCUCUUAUCUGCCCAUAGGAAGACCUGUAUCACAUGAAUUAGUUGUUUUACAUAAUUGUCCUGUAAAACUGAUUCCUUUAAAAUUUUGUUUAUCUGCAAUAAUUGUCAGACAUGGUUAAUAGAUUUCAACAACCAGCUAAUGAAUACAUUAAAAUGUUAUUGCGAAAAAUUAAUUACUAAAUUAAGGGUUAAAAUUAAUAUACAGAUAUUUUUUGCAAACGUGCUUUAAAAUACAUGUAUACAUGUUACCUUGUUUUGUACGUGUUAUAAUUUAUUUGCUUUUUUCCUUCAUGUUGGAUUUUAUUAUAUUUUUAACUCCAUUUUAUAUAAGGGUGGGUGAUUUACACCUUUUCUUAAUCUAUAAAUUUUUAUUUGAGAAUUAUAACAUUUUACUUAAUCUUUUUUAUGUGUUGGUAAUUUUUGAAAGGAAAUUGAAUGUUUAAAUUAUGGAUACCUUCUUGGAAAAGGUUUAAUUCUUUGUUUUAAAAAAUAAUAUCAUUGCAGGCAAAAAGGAUGUAAACCAGGGGCAUAGGCUAGGGGGAUUCGGGGGGUUCGGAUGAAGCAAAUAGUCCGCUUUCAGAACUAAAACAUACAGGUUUAUACAUAUGAAGUUUCUGGUGGUGCAAAAACAAAAUAGAAAAAGGUCCACUUGGUUCAUAUUCGAACUCCCCAGGUCCAGAUCACGCUAAGCCCCUGUAAACCUAGUCAUGGGAAUUUCGGUUAUUUCUAUUUUUUCCUCACUUUUAAAUCUAGUCCAAGAUUUUAGCAUCACUGUUACAUAUGAAGAUUUGCUGUGAUAAAAUUAUAACCAAAUAGUUUAAAAUCUACAUAUGUCUCUUUCAUGUGAUGUCUAUUUAUUGGGACGUUUUUGUAUUUAUUUCAUUGAAGGGAUGAAAGGUCUGAAGGUGACAUUAAAAUGACAUCUUACGAGUUUAUACUAAAUUAAUAACCAUACCCCCAAAAUAAAAAGUUUUUUACUCUUUUUUUUAUUUAUUAACCCAUAUAUUCAAUGUACACUUAAUUUGAAUUUUAGUGUAACUCGUGGCAUUUCAUUUUUGGUGACUGGAAUGUCAGCAAGUGUUUAUAAUUUAUUAUUUAUUAUAUUAUCUUACUCAUUUGGCUGUUAUUAAGAAACUGCUACCAAAGUGUAAUAAUUAUUUACUAUUACAUGUAUUUGUAAAUAGAAUAAUAUGUUGUAUGAGACACAACGUGAACCUUUGAGGUCAUCCAUCAAGCCUUUUCAAUGAGCUGAUCUCUAUCAAUUGCCUUGUUCCUCUUUUAAAAGAUGGUCACAUUCGGGUGAGCUUCAAACGACUAUAUAAUUUUAUUUAUUUAUUUGCUGUAUGGUCUUGUCACAUUCAUUUAAGUGGGUGGGGUGGGGGGCAGUGACAUGUGGCCCAAGGCCACAAACAUUCCCAAAGGGAUUCCUCGGAUUCUCCAAUGUAAAAAAUUAAAAUAAUAAAAAGAACUGUCGCAAAAUUUAGGGAGGGGUCUCAGAUCUGCCACUAUAAAGUAUAAAGUAUGUGAUUGUGCUACUGGUGAUCAGAAGCACAGAGUAACUAGACUCAAGUACUUGAAAAACAAAUCGGUGAUUGGUAUAGGAGCUCCUUUAUUACACAGAGAAUACAGACGUCCGUAAUGAUAACUGUGUAAGGGGCCAUUCACAAUAAUUGGCUUUUCUUUCUUUUUUAAAUUACCCAGCAUAUUCUUUUUUGCUACCCCUGCCCUCCUAAAAACUUAAAUAACAUUUUAAGGGAUAUUUUUUUUAUUGAAACUUUUGAUUAUGAAUGACCUCUAUGGUUUUAAGAAGUAAUUAUGUAUACAUGUAUUUAUAUUUAUAUUUUUGGAAGGAAGAGAAGCAUUUAUGUUGGAGCACAACUUUAAGAUGUCUUCAUCUGUGAAAAUAUUUGUUAUCUUGUUUAGAAGAUGUGUAACCAAAUAAUUUGUAACUGUUAAUUUUUUAUUUUCUCUACAGACCUAGCAAAGGCAGAACCAUAGUAAAUAUGUUAAACAGUAAGAAAUAAAAUAUUUGUUAAAAAAAAA